AUGUCCCCUGCUGCCCCCACCCUCAGAUUAGGCUCCACUGCCCCUGAUUUCGAAGCCGACACCUCCACCGGCCCCAUCAAGUUCCACGACUACAUCGGCGACUCGUGGGCGAUUUUGUUCUCCCACCCCGAUGAUUUCACGCCUGUGUGUACCACUGAGCUCGGAGCGUUUGCCAAGUUGGAGCCGGAGUUUGCCAAGCGCAACACCAAGCUUCUCGGACUUUCCGCGUCGUCAGCCGAAAACCACCGGGCGUGGGCGGUGGACAUUAAGGAUGUCACCGGGGGCCAGGUGGGGUUCCCGAUUAUCGCCGACCCCGAGAGAAAGAUCGCCCACUUGUACGAUAUGAUUGACUACCAGGACGCCACUAAUUUGGACGACAAGGGGGUCCAGCUUACUAUCAGAUCGGUGUUUAUUAUUGACCCGCUGAAAACGAUCAGAUUGAUUAUGUCCUACCCGGCGUCGACCGGGAGAAACACCGCCGAGGUGCUCCGGGUGUUGGACUCGUUGCAAUUAGGCGAUAAGCACCGGGUGACCACCCCCAUCAACUGGGAGAGAGGCGAUGACGUCAUUGUCCACCCGUCAGUGACCAACGAAGAAGCAAAGACGCUUUUCCCUAAGUUCCGCGUGGUUAAACCGUACUUGAGAAUGACCCCGUUGAAGUUGAAACUGAAGCUUUAA